CUCUUCAGAGUCACUUCCAAUUUGUCAGGACUUCAGCUCUAUACCUCACCAUGUUUCCCCGCUGUGUUUUUGUUGUCCUGCUCUGCCUCUCAACAGGCCUGGCUGCCUCGCUCAUUCCAGCUGCUUCUGCUGAGGAACUUCCCAUAGCAUCUGAGACUGUGGCAGCUGAAGACCCCAAUGUUGGUGGUGAACCAGCUCAGGCUGACUCCCUUGUGGAGGAAGGCAAGGCUGCAGCGGCCUCCGGUGCUACCCAGGUCCCUGAGGAGUUUGACUGGGGUUUGGGCUCCAUACGAGGCAGUUUCCAGUCUGUCAAUGGCUAUUUUGACUCCCUGCUGGAGCUUAUGGGAGGUCGUGAUGGUGUCUGCCAGUACCGCUGUAAAUAUGGUAAGGCUCCCCAGGCUCGCCCAGGCUACCAGGUGCCUGAACCCAAUGGCUGCACUUCCUCUUUGCUAGGAUUCCAGGUACCAGAAAGUUUUGACAUGGGCAUCCCUGCCAUGACCAAGUGCUGCAACCAGCUGGACAUAUGCUACGACACAUGCGGCUCCAACAAGUACCGCUGUGAUACCAAGUUUCGCUGGUGCCUCCACAACAUCUGCGGUGAUCUCAAGAAAAGCUUGGGCUUCAUGUCGAAGGUCGAAGCUUGUGAGGCGUUUGCUGACACUAUGUACAACACAGUAUGGACUCUAGGCUGCAGACCGUUCAUGAACAGCCAGAGGACAGCAUGUAUAUGUGAAGGAGAGGAAAGAGACGAGCUAUAAGCCCCACGAUUCCUGCCAACCACAAUGACUCACCACUACCUACACUACCUGCAAACCUGCCAAACACCUGCAAACCUGCCAAACACCUGCAAACUUACCAAACACCUGCAAACCCACCAAACACUAGAGUUGUGUCUCCAGGUUUGCUGAUGUAGACUGUUAUGGAUCUGGGGUAUGUUAGCCUCCGGCAUACAUGCACAGAUUUACUGUACAAACCAGGUCUGUUUAAGUUGUCUAAUUCUAUUAGACUUAAAGUCACUGAGUGCAGGUUUGGUAUUGCACAUAAUAAAUAUUGGAUCUCAACAAAAUGUAACUAGGCCAAUUUGACUUUUUUAAGAAUGGCAUAAUAAUUCUACAGCAUGCCCAGUAUGGCUGUAUAUGGAAGUUGCAAUUAUAAGCAAAAUUUUUCAGUGUCAGUGUACACUCUGGAUUAAAUGUUAUAUAUUUGUAAUUUAUUAAAAUGUAAUGCUGUCUUUAA